AUGGACCAAUGCGGCGGCGAGGAAAGAGGUGACGGGCGGGCCGAGCAAUUGCCGGUCGAACCUCACCCGACGACGGGCGUCACGAUAUCACUGCUGUCUCUCUCUGCCCGCCAUUGCCUCCCAAUCUCCCCUCCCGACACGCCAACCUUCUAUCUGAAGCUCGCCAAAAUGGUUUCCCGCACCAUUCCGCGUCUCGCUGGUUUCGUCUACCGCGAAAACCGCGUCCCUUAUUUCCAGCGUCUGUUCCAGCAGCACGACGGCAAGCGUCAGUGGUGGAAGACUGGCCGCUCUGGAGCUCUUCUCUACCCCUACUACGUCUCUCUCUGGGGUACCGCCUUGAUUACCACAUAUGCCAUGGGCCGCAUGGUUUUUGGCAAAAAGACUUUCUUCGGCAAGGAAUAA